CUUUCACAUAUGACAGGAGCCAUUGACAGAUCGGUAAUCAAUGUCGGUACGGGAGAGAAAAAUAAUUCGAACAAUGUGGCAAUGAACGAGGAUCAUUCAAAAAUUAAUAAUCGUUAUCUGCUUCUCAUGAAUAAUUAUAGAAAAGAAAUAUUUCUGUCUUUGCUGAUAAUUGUUAGAGUAGCUUUUUCAGCAAUAGAAAGAUCAAUUCCAGUUAUUUCUCCAGCACCAUACUCAGGGCCAUUGUUCUCCAUAAAUUCAAAUGUGCAAGACUGGUAUGGGGGUCAAUUGGAAGGAGCGUUCUAUAGUAUUGGACAUUAUGAAUAUUCGUUUUUCAUGUACUAUGCUCCAUGGGAUGCUAAAAGUCAAUAUGCUGCAAAGGUAGUUAAUGAAGUGGCUGAUAUUUUUAAAGAUCGGAUAAACUUUUUGGCCAUAAAUUGUUGGGCACCAGGUGGUGAAUGUAGAGAUAAGCAUACAACAAAGGUGCAGUCUUGGCCAAUUUUUUUAUUAGUUAAUUGUUAUGGUGGUAGUAUACAAUACAGAGGUCCAAUAAGCAAAUCGCAUAUGACCAGAUUUUUAAACACUGCAAUUAACCCUCUGCACAGGAUUACUAAGCCAGAUGAUAUUGUUGAUUUAUUAGCACGUUAUGAUGCUGUUAUUGUUGGGUAUGUUGACUUUCAAUAUUUUCCAACAAGUUAUGAUAUUUUAUAUAAGACUGCAUUGAAAUGGAUAGAUCAUGAACCUUAUAAUGAAAUCGGAUUUGCAGUGGUUACAGGUCAUUCUCGAGAUAGUUUUGGUGUAAAUAGUCUUCCCUCAUAUAGAAUUUAUUUGUGGAACGAAACAUUGAUCUAUGAAUCUGAUAAAGUGCCUAAUACAAAUAAUCUUUUCACAUGGAUAUCAUCAAAUCUUCAUCAAGUAUCAAUGUGGAUAAAUUUUCCUGGCGUUAAGUCAAGUACUCUUAGUCCAUAUUUAAUGGAAGGAUCUGCAUUAUUGUUAUUUACUCCAAGAAAUGCAUUUAGAGAGUUUAAUGAUGCUUAUGACAUGCUGAAGCAUAUUGGUCUGGAAUAUUAUAAUUGUAACAAUGACCCUUGCAAGGUAGAUGAUUAUUAUAGUGCGGAAAACUUGCACAAAAUUAAAGAAACAAAUGAGUGUCUGCUGUUACUGGAAGCUGAUUUGCAGAAUGCUCCAAAUAUAUCUGGGCUUGCUUGUCAGAACAAUAGAAGUUUAUCCUUGCUGGCAUUGGAUUCAGAAAUGUACCAUUAUAUUGCUGAGAAAAUUGGAGUACAACUCCUGGACUUGGAGAAUAAAACUGUUGUUCUUAUAAUUGAUAAUGAGAUGGAAUAUCAAAGCAUCUUAAAAGAAAAGGUCACCCCAUCAAGUGUUAAGAAAUUUAUUUGGGAACAUAGUAAUAAAGUUGAGAAUCGAUCAUUCCGAGACAAUUCAAAGACUAGUCAGUAUACUCAUAAAUAUAGUACUGAGAAAAAUGUAUACCAAAGUAUGAAGCAAUAUGAUAGAAAUUUGGGAAUAGUAUCUGUUGCUGAACUGAGCUCCGAAACAUUCAUUCCCCAAGUGAUGAAUCAGAAUAAGACAGUAGUGGUGUUAUACUACAGCCCAUUUUGUGGAUUUUGCCAGUAUGCAUGGCAUAUUUUUUUAUAUGUAAGUCAUUUACUGAAAUCGAUUACUAAGAUAUCGUUUGUGAGAAUUGAUAUGGAUUACAAUGAUGUACCAUGGCAACUCACCAUGGAUGAUUUACCGACGAUCACAAUAUUUCCGGAAAGUAAAUCAGAAAGUUUGACAUUUCCCCAUUCUUUGGAUAUAACUGCUUCAAAUGUUUUAAGCUUUAUAUUGUCUAAUCUAAACAAUGUUGUAAGACUGGAGGUUAUGAUAAAAGUUUGUAUUGGGACAUAUAAGAUGUCCGAUCAGCAUAUGACUUGUUGGUUUGAGCUUCAAAGAGAAAUUCUACGGCUAAUUGAAAUCACAUUAAAACAAUGGAGAAUAAGCAAUAAUCAUUAUAAAUCUGUAUUAGUAAGGCGACUUCAGCUACUUAAAACUUUAUCAUUUCUAACAAACCCUGGUGAAAAAUCUCCAUCUAAAAUUAAAGAAAUUACAAAUUAA